AUGGCCCAUCGCGUCGUGGUGCGCCUGGGCGGCUGCCCUCGCCGGGGGUACGCCAACGACGGGUCGUUGCCGCCCUCGAGGUGCGCCAGCACGCCCUCCAGUAUUCGCACGGCGAUUGGUCUACGUGUCAUUGCUAACAGCGAAGUAGCUAUCCGGCGCCGUUCACACACCGCAUCCACCGUUGAUGCAUACCCGUGCCCUCAGGAUGCCAAUGACGUGGUUGUGCAGCAGUACGCGCGGGCCUAUCUUUGGUAUGUACUAACCAAGAUAGUCUUCUCAGAUGCAACCGGGAACUCAGCCCUCUGGAUGUUCUUGGAGCCACUUAAUAACUGGGAUACCCAGUAUAGCUGGGGUUCGGCCGCACUAGCAUACUUGUAUCGUCAGCUUGACUUGGCGUGUCGGAGGAAGGGAGGUACAUCCUCAUUGUCUGGGUUUGUUUGGAGCCUAUCCGUGUGGAUGUGGGAGCGGAUCCCGGUUGGACGGCCCGAUUUGAAGAACCCCCUCAUGGCAAACCCACGGGGUAAUCAUGACGGGUUGCAUGAUGAUGAUCCAUAUCGGCGCCCUACGCUUGCUUACUAUUGGGAACAAGUGACAGUGUACACAGGAAGCUCGCAUGUGCGAUACAAGUGCUAUAUGAACGAGCUGGACACCUUGACUGCUGAGCAGGUACAUUGGUUGCCUUAUGUGGAAGAUCGUGACUUUGAUCUUAAUGAGAUGUGCACGCGUGAUAGCCAUCUUUGGCGGGCGAGGUGCCCAAUGAUAUGCUUCUUCGCAGUCGAGUGGCACUUUGUAGACCGUGUGGCAAGACAAUUUGGAAAAAGACAAGGUAUUCCAAUUGAGGAGAGCAAGAAGGAAAUGCUAUCUCUGCAUCGGUAA